UGGUGAGACACUAGAAUGUCUCCGUCGACACUUGGUGCUGGAUGCUGCAUUGUUUGGAUGGGUGGAAACCAGUGAAGUUUUUUCGUGGUUGGACCUGUUCAGAGUGCCUGACGAGGAAUGAGUGAGAAUCUCAUAGUAGAACUGGAAAAGCACGUUAUGCUUUUCCCCAAUUUACCUCUGCUUUUGGCGUGUUGCAAUCGAUCGUUUACUGCCAUUGCCUUCGUCAGGCAGGCAGGGACGCAGGCAGGGACAGAGGCAGGUAGGCAGGCAUCCUUUGCAGUAAAACGGAUUCCUUUCCGGCCGUAGUAUCGCUCUACUGGGUCGCUGUGAAGUGCUGAGGCGCGCACCAUUGUUUGGUCUCUCGUCUCGUGCUGGCCCACCAGAGAGCCGCCUUUCCUCUUUUUCCCUUGCCUCAGACACUUCACUCGCGCACUCAGUCUCCACCCGCACUUUCUUCACUCUCUCCCAACUCACUGAUUGAUGUCCCUCGUCCAGCCCCUCUAUUGUCUUUGUCGUGUGCUUUUCGAAGGCUAAGCCUAGGGGAAGAGCGACAUUGAUUAGAGAGCUCUGGCCAGUGGUGUGCCUAGCGUCACAGUGGGACUGUUGCUAAGCUUCCGCUUGGAGACGUUGCUUGGAUCGAGGCAGUCUUUAUGAACGCGUUUGUUGCAUCGCGGGGUUAGCCAAGUGGUUGUCUAUUGCCUGCAGUGCGAUUUUCAUCAGGAAGUGGUGGUACGCUCCGAGUUGGUGUGCGAAUUGAGGCGAUCUAUACGCAGUGCGUGCUGGUAGUGAUGGUGUUGAGAAGGAGGUGAUAUCGAGCAGUGCUCGAUGAGUGUGUGGAAGUAAACGAUCUCCAGGGCAGGGAUUAGCGGUGAGCAGUCGUCGGAAGAAGGGCUGAAAGAAUGGCAGCCCCAGCAGUAGUUGUAGCUGGACCGCCUCCCAUCAAGGAGUCGGAUUUGCACCACCAUGCAUUAGAGCAGCUGCCUGGUCUGGCGUAUUGUAUCAACGAUAAUCCGGGUUGGGGUACUGCAAUUGUUCUAGGCUUCCAACACUACCUGGUCAAUGUUGGUGUGGCGGUGUUGAUUCCACUCCUAAUCAUUCGAUCGAUAGGUGGAGAAGCGCAUGAUCUGUCUAGGGUCAUUCAAUCUGUGCUGUUCGUGUCGGCGAUCAACACCCUGUUGCAGACAUUUUUUGGUUCUAGACUCCCAGUGGUAAUGGGAAACUCGUUCUAUUUCUUGCCGAUGGUCCUGUCGAUUGUUAGCAGACGGGGAAUUAUUGAUUACCCGGAUCCCCAUGAAAGAUUUCUUCGGGGAAUGCGAGCAACGCAAGGGGCUUUCAUAGCUGGAUGCUUUCUAAACAUCAUUCUCGGAUUUAGCGGUCUGUGGGGCAUCACGAUGAGGUAUAUCAGUCCCAUCGUGAUUGCACCUGUGACAACGUUGGUUGGACUGGGAAUUUUUGAACGCGGGUUUCCGGGGGUUGCGAAGUGCGUUGAGAUCGGCAUUCCAGCUCUCCUCAUCUUUCUCGUCUUCUCUCAGUACCUAAGACAUGUCAGAUUCCGCGACCAUCACUUCAUCGAGCUGUUUCCUUUCAUAUUCGGUGUGAUCAUCGUCUGGAUCUUUGCUGUGAUCCUGACAGUGGCGGGCGCUUACGACCACGCCAGUGAACUCGGCCAAAGGAACUGCAGGACUGAUCGUUCAGGCCUGGUGUCGGCUGCACCUUGGGUGAGGAUAUCGUAUCCGUUUCAGUGGGGGUCCCCCACGUUUGAUGCCGGUGAUGUUUUCGGCAUCAUGACGGCCGCAUUUGCAUCCCUUGUGGAGUCGACGGGUGGGUUCUACGCGGUGUCUCGACUCGCUGGAGCAACGCCACCUCCGCCGUAUGUGAUCAGCAGGGGAGUGGGAUGGCAGGGGAUUGGACUGCUGCUGAACGGGUUCUGGGGGACGUUCACGGGGACAACCGUGGCACCGGAGAACGUGGGGCUGGUGGGGUUGACGAGAGUUGGAAGCAGGAGGGUGGUGCAGAUUGCGGCAGUGUUCAUGCUUUUCUUUUCCAUCUUCGGGAAGUUUGGUGCAGUUGUAGCGUCGAUUCCUCAGCCAAUUGUGGCAGCUAUUCUGUGCCUGACGCUUGGGAUGGUCGUGGGGACUGGAAUCUCGCAGCUGCAGUUCGCGAACAUGAACAUGACGCGAAAUAUAUUUGUGGUGGGAUUCGCUCUAUUUAUGGGGCUGUCUGUGCCGCAGUACUUCAGAGAGUUCGAGUUGAGAGCUGGACAUGGCCCCGUGCACACGAAUGCUCGAUGGUUCAACGACAUCCUGAAUACAUUCUUCGGUGCGCCCGUGAUAGUGGCGUUCGUUGUGGGGACAGUGCUGGACAUCACUCUGACCCGGCACGUAUCGAAGAGGGACCGGGGUAUGCUGUGGACUCGCAAGUUCCGGCACUUCAGGCAGGAUCCUCGCAACCACGAGUUCUACAGACUCCCUGCUGGUCUGCACAAGUUCUUCCCCCCGACCUAAUAGCGCUACAUUUCAUCUCAUCUCAGAAGGAUUGCUUCAUCUGCGAAAGUAAGAGCCAUCUUGAUGUACAAUGAUCUGGAGAAUGUCAUCUGGUCUCAAGAAGAACGUUGGUUCUCAUUGGGUAGCUUUAGCGGUAUGAAGAUGAUCGAGUCGUAUAUUGUGGAUGUAGUGAUUCACUUCGAUGCCCGUAAAUAUGAUUUGGGAGUCACAAUGAUAUUGGAAAGUAAUUUUGUAGUGGUACACAUAUCGGAGUGGAAGAAGGCAGGUGGUGGAGUAGUUGGCUUUGAGCCUGGGUCUGAUUCUUACCCCUUUAGGCUAUAUACAUAUGCGUCCGUAGCUCGGAGUGGACAUUGAUCGCAACCCCUAAUGGCGUUGCCUUUGUUCUCAUUAUACCAAUGGUGAUUCUCUACUUUAGAGCAUUGAGGCUAUUGCUCACAA